AUGUUGGAUGUUUUUGGAAGAAACAUAGCUCCUAGCGAUGUUCAAAAUAUGCUCUGCGGCCUGGAACACUUCUCAUUUCAGGACUCUGACUGGGCUUCACACGAUCAGAUCAAGGCCACAUUUUGUGGCUCACAGUCCUUCUACAGCAUGAUAGAGGACAUAUAG